AUGCUCCUGUCACCUCAUCCACUACCCUCUACUCUACUGUUGCCACCCCCAAGCCACCUCUCUUAUGGCUGUGAGCCACUGAACCUUAUCUCUUGUGGCUGUUGUUGACCAUUGAAUUUUGCGUCCGGGACCUAUCCUUUGAAUGAACUCUCCCAUGGUUGUCAACCUCUAGGUUAUGCAUCCAACAGCUUCAGACCCCUGCACCAUGUGUCUCAUAGUUUUCAACCUGUUUCCUACAUGCACAGUAAUGAUGACUAA